GUUGCCAUGAUCCCAUCAUGAUGAUAAGUGGACUGAACCUCUGAAACUUUUACAUCUCAAACCGACAAUGGACCCAUGGAGAGUCUGUGGCGAUGCAAAGACCUUGAGGACCCCAAGGCACAAGCGUGCAUCAACCCCAUCUCUUCCCCCAGAUACCUAUCAAUGCCAACACUGGCAUCCGUUGGUUUUGAAACUCGGCUGUGCUGGGCUGAUCCUUCUUUUCUUGAGCCUGAUUGGACUCAGUGUCUUAGUGCGAUUCUUAGUGCAAAAAUCACCAACAGAAAAAUACAGUGUGACUGCUCAAGAGAACAGGACUGAAUCAACAGGAAGAUCAGUCAUACUAAAGUGUCCGAGAGACUGGCAUCCAUACCGGGAUAAAUGCUUACAUCUUUCUCAAACUUCUGGACCUUGGCCUGAAGGUCUAACUUAUUGCUCUGUGAAAGAAGCCACUUUGCUGCUCAUUGAAAAUGAAGAAGAAUUGAGAUUCAUUCAUGAUUUCUCAAAGAGAAAAAGACAGCAGUUUUUUAUUGGACUAAAUUAUGUACCACCAGAGAAAACCUGGAAGUGGAUAAAUGGCUCCAUAUUAAAUCCUGAUUUAUUAAGAAUCAUGGGCACUGAAGAAGAAAACAGCUGUGCAGUCAUCUCACAGACAGAAGUGUUUUCUGACUUCUGUUCUUCAGACAACCGCUGGAUCUGCCAAAAGAAACUGAACCAUGACUGCAGUCCUUGUCCUGACUCCUGAUUGUGAAUGACAUCUCUAUUCCUUUGCCUUCCACAUGAGAUCACUGCACUGAAUUGUCAAGGCUGUCAUUCCUUGGCCCUCCCAAUGCAGUCAGUGACACAAAGCAUGGACUCCAAAACCACUGUGACUCCUACAGAUGCUCACUCCCAUGACUUUAUUCUGUAACCAAUGUUUUUAUUUUAUAAAUGUAAAUGUGCACGGGUGCAGAUGUGCCAUUCUGAGAGAGGUGUUCUGUAGAAGGAAGUCCAGGACAGCAGAGGGCGCUGGAGGCCUUGUGUAGCCCUUGCUGAUCUCUGUCCACGAGGUCAUCUUGCAGACAGCUGCAGAAAACUGUUUGCAAAAUCCCUACUCUACACUCUACUCCAAGCUAUCUUACAACCUUGAUUAAAUGUUUGACCUUGACACCAGAGGCCCGUAGUUAAGGAUCUAGGGAAGGGAAGAGUUUGAUU